GCACGUGGAGUUUUAGAAUCGACGCCUUGAAAUAACUACGGUAGAAGCGUUGCGGCUGUAUUGUUUGUCGUAUUGGUGGACUAGUUUAAACCGUAUUACGAUACUCCCUACCGUAGAGUUUACGGUGUGAAGAGUCGAGAGUAGGUUGGUGUUUUUGUCACAUAUUUACCUUCUUACUGCAGUUCCAUAUUUGUUGUUAACAAUUCGUGAAAACAUAGAGAAAUAAUUUAAAACAAGCGUGACCAAUAGGGCUGAAAAUCGUUGAAUUUUUUCAGAAUGUGAAACGAUAUGUUGUGGCUUAGUUGAUUCGUUAGUUCUGUGUGAAUUAGAAGCCAUAUGGCAAACACUGAAAAGGUUAGUGUGAGUAGACUAAAAGAGAACGCUUCCGGUCCAUCAAUACCACCACCACCCCCUUUUCUCUCUCUCUCUCUCUGUGUACUCACUAAACAUGCUUGCGCCGUUGUUGAUUUGGGCCUUCCAGACUCCCUAGGUGUUUAGGUUCAGGCGAAAAGCUAGUUUUGUGGAACCUAACAUCUACUGUGAAACUAUAUAUGUAAGAAUUAGUUGUCACGUAUGUUCAACCCCCAAUCGAGAAAUGAUGGAUAACCUACGCAGUUUGGAUUCACGGAAGCAAGAGCUACUGGAUGCAAGAUUUUUUGGAGGAAGGGGAUUUCCUUUCUCUCAGCUGUCCCUAGAUCAGCAACAGAGACUAGUCCAAGUCUGUGGAUUUUCAGUUAUACAGAAUUCAAACCACUCGCAAGGUUUCAGUGGCUCACACCCAUCACAGGGAGGCAGCGGGAAUUCUUCUCAGCAGCAGUAUGACAGUUCCAACCUCAGUGCAGCCAGUGUUUCUAGUGAUAAAGAUAUUGAUAGUCCAGGAAAACAGUUACACAAAACUCCACUAGAAAGAAAAAGGAAGAGAAAGGAUGACCAAGGAAAUGGAAAAGGUGCUAGAAUAGAGAAUGCCAAGAAAAUAAAUGAAUAUUUUAAGAUUCAAGGCCUUAGCUCUAGUCGUUAUGGGGGGUCCAAAUCACCAACUUCUCAAACAUAUUUUCUGGGUAACUCAAUCUCUCCUCAAGCAAGUUUGAGUAAUAGCAUAGACUACUCCAACAUGCUUUUUCUUUCCCAACGACCAGUACAAAUUUACCACAGGAUAGUCCAGACUGAUUUGACUAAUGUCAAGAUUAAGGAGGUGGAAAGUAAAUCAGCUAUGGACCUUGAAAUCAGAGAUAACAGAAUAGAUGAAUUACAAAGGGCUAAUAAGGAACUCCGAAGACAGCUUCAAGCUCAACAGAAAUUAAUAGAAAAGCAAAAAGAACAAUUAACAAAGUGUAUAGAUGUUACUAAACAACUGUUAAUUGAAAAGUCUGCAAUGGAGAAAAAACAAGCUAGACAGAAAUGUAUGCAAAAUAGGUUAAGAUUAGGACAGUUUGUUACCCAAAGACAAGGAGCAACUUUUGGUGAAAACUGGGUUGACGGACAUGCCUUCACAGAAUUGUUAAAAAAACAAGAGUUAAUAGCAGCUGAAAGGGAAGAAAUAGAAAGACAGCGUAAGUCUAUAGGAAAAAAGAAAACCAGUACUGCUCAACAGAAGAGUAAAUUUACUUUAGGGAAUUCUGCUUUAUUAAAUGGAGACUUCUUAAAUCCCGAUGCUUUGAAAGAGCGCACCUGGCAUGACUACUAUGAACAGGAAGAGAUUCUCAAGCUAAGGCAGGCAGCACUAAAGAAAGAGGAUGCUGAUUUACAGUUGGAGCUGGAGAAGCUAGAAAGAGAGAGAAACCUUCACAUUAGAGAAUUGAAGCGACUACAUAAUGAAGACCAGUCAAGGUUUAACAAUCAUACAGUGCUAAAUGAAAGAUAUCUUCUCUUAACUUUGCUUGGAAAAGGAGGGUUUAGUGAAGUUCAUAAGGCAUUUGACCUUAAGGAACAGCGUUAUGUAGCUUGUAAGAUACAUCAACUAAACAAGGACUGGAAAGACGAUAAGAAGGCAAACUACAUAAAGCACGCUUUAAGAGAGUACAACAUCCACAAGGCUUUAGAUCACCUAAGGGUAGUGAAACUCUAUGAUGUGUUCGAGAUUGAUGCAAAUUCAUUUUGCACAGUUCUUAGUUACUGUGGUGGCCAUGACCUUGACUUCUACCUCAAGCAGCACAAAAGCAUCCCAGAGAAAGAAACCCGGUGUAUUAUCAUGCAAAUUGUUCAUGCUCUCAAAUACUUGAAUGAAAUCAAACCUCCAGUCAUUCAUUAUGAUCUCAAACCUGGGAACAUUUUACUGGAUAGUGGAACAACUAGUGGAGGAAUCAAGAUCACAGACUUUGGCCUAAGUAAAGUCAUGGAUGAUGAAAACUAUAACCCUGAACAUGGCAUGGACCUAACUUCUCAGGGUGCUGGGACAUAUUGGUAUCUUCCUCCAGAGUGUUUUGUUGUUGGCAAAACUCCUCCUAAAAUUUCUUCCAAAGUUGAUGUUUGGAGUGUUGGAGUGAUUUUCUACCAGUGUCUAUACGGUAGGAAGCCUUUUGGUCAUAACCUUUCUCAGGCCACUAUUCUUGAAGAGAACACCAUUUUAAAAGCUACAGAUGUUGACUUUCCUGCCAAGCCAGUUGUUAGUAAUGAAGCUAAGCAAUUUAUUCGUCGGUGCCUCCAGUACAGAAAGGAAGAUCGUAUCGAUGUUUUUGGCAUGGCAAAUGAUGACUACUUCAAAUCCAAUUAUGGCAAAUAUAGCCGGCAAGCCAGUUCAUCAGAUAGAUCUUAGCCUCUUAAGGAUUAAUAGGUUUAUUUCUCAAGCUUGUAGACCUUUAGUGUUCUGCACGCUGUUCUGGUUAAAAGACACUUGUGAUGAAACACUGAGAAGACUAGCACAAGGAAAGGGUUAAGAGACAUGUGCCAGUCUUCUGUUCUCUGUCUGUACAUCAACAAACUUAGCUCCUUGAAAUGAAAAAUGAAUGUACAAAGAAUUAAAUGGUGGUAUACUUGGAUGCAUAUUUUUCUCUCAUCACGGGCAGCAUUUCUGCCUGUACGAGCUUAGAAGAGUUUAGUGUAAUAUAAACUGUACAGUGUGUAGGUGAGAAUGGACCAGGGUAAAUAAUUCAUGUGUGUAUGUGUGCAUUUGAACAAUUCUAUUAGAAUGAAAUUGUAACAUCCUUAUGUUUGAUUAAGGAAAUAUGAUGGCUUGUGAAUGAUCAGUUUAACCUGAGUAAUUAACAAACCUGGUCUUGUUUGUUUUCUUUCUGUCUCUCUCAAGUAUGGUGUUUUACAAGACAGUCUCCUAAUAUGUUGGGAAUCAAUUUUUUUUUUAUUAAGUACUCAAACAAUUACCCAGUUUUUAAUUCUAUUGACAAACACUAAUCGCUACUUAUUUGUUGAUUCAGUACUAGUGCUUAAGUUUAUUUCGAAUCACUCUUGUAUUUAUUGAAAAAAAAUCCCUUCUAUCAUUGUUACGUGAUUCCUUAUUUAAUUCAGUAUGUUAAAAUCUAUAGAUUUUCUGUUGAAAUUAACAAUAUUGUCCUUUGAUUUUUUGGAAAACUAUGAAUUAGUUUUCUAGUACCAACAUUUGCAAAUGUUCAGUCACUGAUGAAAAUGUUACUUCCAACUAGUCAGAUUAUCAUUCACCAUCAAGUCUACUGUAAAGUACUUUAGUAUCCACAAAUUGUUUAAAUCAACUUUACUAUUUUAACAGGUUUAACUAUUUGGUAACUAUCUAAUUAUUCUUCAGUGGACUCGUGAAUAGAUAUUUAGUUUGCAUGGAAUCGGCCAUUGCAUUAUCAGCUAAGAAUACACCGAAAAGGAACAUUCUGAUCAGUUCUUCAGGAUUUUUUGGAUCAGCACAUCAUGUCUACUCACUGAGUGGCCCUGUCACCUUAAACUUAAGUAUUUUAAGAAUUACUGAAUAUAUUUUUAUUUUAAGUUCAGUUAUGAAUUUACAUAACUGAACUUAAUGAAUUGUUUUAUCAAUUAAAAUUCUGUUAUUUUUUCAGCAUUUUAAACUUUAAUAAACCUUGUUUGUUUGAUAAGUGAAAUUUACAACUUAAAUUUCUCAGUUCUACUUCUGCAGAAUUCAUUUCCAUUUAAUGGACCGUGCAAAGAUUAUCUGUUGAACUGACUCAUCAAUAUCUGUUAAAUGAAAGAUUUGAUACUAAUUGAGUGAAAUUUUUAGGGUUUUGUAGAUCAACACUCGGUAUCUACUGAAAAAUAUUUUUAGUUUUAACACUGAAAAUAACACCAAAUGUGUAUUGAGUUUACCUUGUAUGUUUUACAUCGCUCUUGAAUUUCUGUGUAGCUUCAUGUCAGCUUUACUGAAGUAACAUAUUAAUCUCUGUUGGAUCAAACCUCUCAAUAUCUACAGAAUUUGAACUUUCAGUAUUUAUUGGAGUGUAUGGAUCACUUUUUCAGGACUUACUGAAUCAGUAUUUCAGUAUCCAUGAAAUCAAUGUAUUUUCUUUGUUGGAUCAACACCUCAACAUACAUGUUGAAUGAAAUCAUAACUCUACAAUAGUUCAACUUAACAGUGUUUACUGUAUUAUAUCUGUAGUUUACUGAAUCAGUAUUUCAGUAUAUACACCGUAAGUACUUCAGUAUUUACAAAAAUAGCAAUUCAAACGUAUUGAAUGAAACCUUUAGAUAAUACUAGGUUAACAUCACAAUAUUUACUGGAUCAUAUCAUCACUGUUUAUUGAAUAAGUGUUUCUUCAUCUACUAAGUCAUUACUUCAGAGUUUAUUAAGUCAUCUCUUGACUAUCCAGGUUGCUUAAUAGUUCAAAAUUUACUGGAAUGAAAAGUACUAAUACCAGACCCAAGAGCUUACAAUGUACUUAUACAGGCAUUAAACUUGCAAUUCAUGUAAGUGUAAUGCCUGUAUGAGUACAUUGCAAAGAGGUUGUAAAACAAAGAUACAAUGUUUGGAUUUUUACUUGCUUCUGGUUGCUGACUUAAUUAUUAUUAAAGGGUUUUGACAUUAAUUUUAGGUUACAAAUUAUCUUGUACUGUAGGCAUUUGUGUGGCUUAGGUCAGCACAAUGGGAGAAAAGUUAUUUUACUCUCUCUAUAUUUCAUAAAAGUUUUCAAUGUGCUGCAGGUUAUCAGAUAUUGUUAUUUUCGUUUUUUGUUGUUAUUUUUUUUAAGUUUGUUACAGAAUACCUCCUGUUGAAUUAACUCAUCAAUUUACUUUUAUCAUGCCACUUCUGACAAACUGUGACAGUCUAUUCCUCGCAUCUUAGUGCCUGAUGUUUGUAAUGUAUACCAUAUUGAUGAAAGCUGAUGACAUAAAAAUCUGUGAUAAACCAAAA